CCCGCACUUUGGGAGCCGAUGGGGGCCCAGGGAACUUUGCGGAGACGGAAUUUGCUCGUUAUCAACAGCAGCCCCGAACAACUGCCCGACAGCACAGUCCCUGCCCACGGUGCGACUGCGAAUAAUGUAUCCUCAAGAAGUAGACGAAGAGACUCCCCUGAUACCAACACCAAAUGACGCUCGGGACGGGAGCCCGAAAGUGACAAGAACUCCUUUGCCAUGGAAGCAAUUUUUCAUCGUUUUAUUAUUGCAACUGUCAGAGCCUCUGACAUCGCAGGUGAUUGCACCAUUCUUGCCCCAGCUCAUCAGAGACGUCGGUAUCACACAUGGUGAUGAUUCCAGCUUAGGAUAUUAUGUUGGCUUGGUGCAUUCUGUGUUCUUCAUGACCGAGGCCUGUACGAUAUUCCACUGGAGUCGUGCGUCGGACAUGAUCGGGCGCAAACCAGUGCUCAUGACCGGGCUUCUCGGUCUCUCGAUGUCGAUGUAUUGCUUCGGACUAUCUAAAACAUUUUUGGGCCUCCUUUUCAGUCGUUGUUUGAAUGGUGCCCUGAAUGGGAACAUUGGAGUCAUGAAGAGUAUGAUAGCAGAACUCACCGAUCCAACGAAUAUGGCCCUGGCAUGUAGUUUCCUUCCUCUCACGUGGUUUUUUGGAACCACAAUUGGGCCACUUAUCGGUGGAUUAUUAGAACAUCCGGCAGAGAAGUAUCCCAGGGUUUUUGGAGGCUCCACAUUCUUCGAGACAUACCCAUAUUUCCUUCCGUGUUCAGUUUCCGCAACGUUUGCUGUGAUAUGUUGGUUUGUCGCUUAUUUCUUCCUGAAGGAGACCACCACACCGCAAAUGUCUGCGAAAGACUACUUCUUGAGGCGCAAAUUCAAGCCCAAGGGACCGAACGGAGGAUUACCAGCAACAACGGAGAACGGCGUUCAUUGCGAUAAUAACGAGGGACAAUUGCCUCUUCGGAAACUCUUGGUUCCAAACGUGUUGAUUGCUGCGGGCUGUUAUGCCUGCUUCGCAUUCUCCGACAUUGCUGCCCGAACUGUGUUACCCGUGUACUUUACAAUUCCUAUAGAAAUGGGUGGACUGGGACUUCGCCCUUCGGCCAUCGGUACCAUCCUUUCACUACAGGGAUUUGCCAGUGGUUUCUGCCAAACGCUUCUCUUUGCGCGCUUACAUGAUCGAUUGGGCCCCAAAAACCUAUACCUCGUGGGAUCAUCUUUAUACCUCCCCGCGAUCGUUUUGUUCCCUGUGACGGCUUGGGUGGCACGAGAGAGGGGACUGGAUUAUGUUGUCUGGACCCUUGUUGGAACCCAGAUAAUGUUAUUCGUGUUUGCAGGUUUCUCGUUCAUUGGUGCAACUAACGGCCUUGCACAGAUGAUGGUGUCCGUGACGCGUGCGCUCGGCCCCAUAGGCGCUAACUCGGCGUUUUCGUUGAGUAUCCAAAAGCAUGUGAUGGGUGGUUACUUCGUGUACUGGUUGAUGCUAGUGAUGGCAAGCGUUACGUUCGGAAUGGGGUUCCUCUUACCGAAAAAACCAUGGACGGUUUGAGGGCCGUCUUGCACGGCCGUUUGCGCGCAAACCGUAAAAGACGCACUUAACUCUCAAAUGUAGACCAAUACAUGCAUUGGUAGCCUGUACUAUGUACAUACUGCGGAGUACUUCCGAGUGUGUGUACCUACAGCAGGUAGGUUUACCGGAUACUGGUCACCGGUUCAUAAGACAGUAAUGUGGAUAGCACUGUAAGUCUGGAUGGUCGAGUUCAUGAUCGCUGAAGCAGCAGGUGUAUGUAUCAUCCUAGACUACCGGCUCAACUGACCUUAGCACUCUCG